AUGAAAUUAUUGUUGUUUCUAAUAUCUUUAUUUCAUAUUGUUCAAGUAUCAGUUGGAGCCAAAGUUAAUCCUUUGCCUGCUCCAAGGAAUACCACUUGGUUAGACAGUAAUUCUAUCGAAAUCAAUGUACCGGCUUUAACUCUUCGAUUAAACAGACCAAAUGAUGUUCUCGAAGAUGCAUUUAUAAGAAUUAAAGGACUGAUUGAACUGGUUAAAUGGUAUCCUGCAGCUACUGAAGGUCCAAUGUCAUCGAUGCAACCUUUUCCAACCGCUACUAACUUGAAGAAAAGAUUACUCAGAAGACAGAUUGGUGGCAUAUCCACAGUUGAUGUGAACGUUGAUGAUUUCAAUGCUGAUUUACAAUUAGGUGUCAAUGAAACUUAUACCAUUGAUGUUUCUUCUUCGGGUAUCACUAUUAAUGCUGCUACCGUAUGGGCUGCUUUGGAUGCCUUUACUACAUUUCAGCAAUUGAUCAUUUAUGAAAAUAAUCAGUUUUCUAUUGAAGGUUCAGUAUCAAUUUGGGAUCUGCCACUUUUUGGCCAUCGUGGUUUGUUAAUUGAUACUGGGAGAAAUUUCAUUAGUUUGGCCAAAAUCUAUGAACAAGUUGACCUUAUGUCAUUAAGUAAAUUGAAUGCUUUGCAUAUUCAUUUUGAAGAUACUGCAAGUUGGCCCUUAUUUAUCGAAGCUUUCCCUGAAAUGACUAAUGAUGCUUACUCUCCUCGUGAAAUAUAUCAGCCAGGAGAUUUAGUUAACUUAAUCAUUUAUGCAAAGAAUAGAGGUGUUAGAAUUAUUCCUGAAAUUGAUGCUCCAGCCCAUGCAAGAGCUGGUUGGCAACAAAUUGAUCCUCUGUUAAUUGCUUGUGGUAAUAGUUGGUGGUCAAAUGAUGUUUACACUUUUGCCACUGGUAAUGAGCCACCUCCAGGUCAAUUAGAUAUUUUGUACAAUAAGACGUAUGAUGUUUUAGAUACCAUUUAUCAAGAAUUAGGCACUAUCUUCACUGAUAAUUUUUACCAUAUUGGUGGAGAUGAAAUUAAUGGUAAUUGUUACAAUUUUUCAUCUAGAAUUCAAGAAUGGUUUGCUGAAAAUUCCACUAGAACUUAUAAUGAUUUAACACAAUAUUAUUUAGAUACCGCUAUUCCUAUCUUUGAGCAAAAUAAUCCAAAUAGAAAAUUAAUCAUGUGGGAAGAUAUGGUCUUAAAUAAUAACACCGUUCCAAAGGAUAGAGUCGUUUUGCAAUCAUGGAAUGGUGCUCAAUAUAUUCCGCAAUUAGUUAAAGAAGGCUAUGAUGUCAUUGUCUCUUCUUCUGAUCAUUUCUAUCUUGAUUGUGGUUAUGGUGGAUGGAUCACCAAUGAUCCUAGAUAUCUUGAUAUUCCAGCCAACGAAGAUUUUAAUAAUGGUAAUGGUGGAUCAUGGUGUAAUCCAUAUAAGACUUGGCAAAGAAUCUAUGAUUAUGAUUUCACAGCCAACUUAACUGAUGCUGAAGCUCAACAUGUAUUGGGUGCCGAAGUAGCCUUAUGGUCUGAACAAGUUGAUUCUACCGUCAUUACUCAAAAGAUUUGGCCAAGAGCAGCUGCAUUGGCUGAAUCGACAUGGAGUGGUAAUAGAGAUCCCGAUACUGGUUAUUUGAGAACAACAGAAUUAACUCAAAGAAUAUUUAACUUCAGAGAAUAUCUUGUUGCCUUGGGAUAUGAUGCUUCACCUUUAGUACCAAAAUACUGUAUAGUAAAUCCCCAUUCUUGUGACUUCUACAAGAAUCAAACUAUCUUAGACGAAUUUGGUUUACAACAAACAUAA